GCCGAGCAGCGUGUGACGUCAUAUUUCCGCGACGUCAUAUUCCAGCGACCAGAUUCAAACGCGUUAGCGGUGGAACAAAAGCGUCGUGUGUGUGAACACAGGAAAUAAAUACACUCAGAAUAAAGCGGUUCCUCCGAACACUAUGGGUCCGAUUGAGCUCCUGCACAUGUCCGUGUUCUCGCAGAGUUUCUCUCCAUGUGGCCGCUUUUUAGCAGCCGGGAACAACUACGGAGAGAUCGGUGUGUUCAGUCUCCCAUCUGCUCUGAGUCCUGAUGCGUCAGAAGCGAGUCAGAAACCCAUCCUGACCUUCACAGCCCAUGAAGGUCCCGUGUUCUCGCUCUUAUCCACAGACACACACCUCUUCAGUGCGGGGAAUGGAGAGAUCAGCACCUGGAGCUGGGCGGAACUCGGAAAUAAGAACGCUAAAGCUGUUUGGACGAGGAGACCCGAUUACACGACCAGUCUGGAAAUCCCAGAAAUCAAUGCCAUGAUUAUCAACAGCAGAGAGAACAGCUUGGUGGUUGGGGGAGACAAUAACAUUCACAUCAUGGACCUGGAAACUGGAACCUUCAAGUUGGUUUUACAGGGUCACACAGAUUAUAUUCACUGUUUGUCUCUGAGGGAGAGGGAGGGAGAGAUCGUGUCAGGAGCAGAGGAUGGAGCCGUCAGAAUGUGGGACUGUAGGACGGGCCGAAGUGUACACUGUGUGGAGGUUUAUAAAUAUGAGGAAUGCGCUCGCCCCCAGUACGGGAAGUGGAUCAGCUGCGUGGCAACGGAUUCUGAUUGGAUGCUGUGUGGUGGAGGUCCUGCUCUGUCUCUGUGGCAUCUGCGCUCCAUGUCUCCCACCUCCAUCUUCUCCCUGAGUGGGUGUCAGAGGGAGGCCAUGUUCCAUCAGGACCUGAUCUAUGCAGUAGGUGAAGGUCCACACGUGUCUCACUGUUUACUGGGUGGAAGUGUGAAGGCUCAGAUCCCCUGCACUCCUCCAUCACUGAACACACUCGCCCUGAACCUCGGCUCCACUGAGCACAGGGUGAUGACCGUCGCAGGAAGCAGCAGCAAGAUCGACGUUUUCACCAACUUCUCCUACAGAGCCUUCUCACUGACCUUCUGAACCUCAUACACACCUUCAAACCCCAAAGGAUCCUCCCUUCACCUUCUGCUCCAAAUGACCACUAAUACCGUUAACGGAAAAGGAUGGGGGUGGGGCCAAGCUGUGGGCGGGGCAGUGGGAUGUUGUGGGUGGACCUGUUGAUUUAACAAGGGGUGGGGCUUGUUUACUGACCAGGGGUGGGGCUUGUUGAUUGACUAGGGCGGGGCUUGUUUAUUGACCUGGGGGCGGGGCUUGCUUCAGGGUUGGAGGAAAUGUGGGGAAAUUCAGAUAUAAUUCAUAAAAAUUAAUAAUUCAUGACCAUUUUUUCUAAAGAAUCUGAAAUGAUGGGAUUGGGAAGAUCUCACAGCGCCGUGUUGGAAUAUCACAGACUGCUGAUUUAACAAGGGGCUCAGAACCAGAGAGCGGGCCGUGAUUUCAUCUGUCAAAUAAACGCCUUUUAGUUCUGUUUAAAACAUUCAGUUAAACAGAAAAUUUACAUUAUUAUUAUUAUUAUUAUUAUUACUAUAUCCAAUUAUAAUAAUAUUAAUAAUAAUAAAUGGUGUUUUCAUUCACAGUGGAUAAUAAACUAUUUUCCUACA